AUGUCUUCUCGACCAGAAUUAAAGGUCGACGAUGAACACGGCUUCAUUCGCUUCUUCAAGGGUCUGGCGACACGCGACGAUGAGACCGUCCGCAUAUUUGACCGAGGAGACUGGUAUACUGCUCAUGGCGAGGACGCCAACUUCAUUGCUCGGACUGUGUACAAGACGACUUCCGUGGUGCGCCAGCUGGGCAAGAAUGACCACACCGGCCUCCCCUCCGUGACAAUGACCGUCACCGUCUUCCGUCAGUUCCUGCGAGAGGCCUUGUUCAAGCUAGGCAAGCGCGUCGAGAUAUACGCUUCCGUUGGAGGCCGCAUGCACUGGAAGAUUGUCAAGCAGGCCUCGCCUGGCAACCUACAAGAUGUUGAGGAGGAGCUGGGCGGACAGUUCGACGGCGCGCCCAUGAUUAUGGCUGUCAAGUUCUCUGCCAAGGCCUCGGAAGCAAGGAGCGUUGGCGUCUGUUUCGCCGAUGCCAGUGUACGAGAACUUGGCGUCAGUGAAUUCCUCGACAAUGACCUAUACUCCAACUUCGAGGCGCUUCUGAUUCAACUUGGUAUCAAGGAGUGCUUGAUACAAUUCGACAAGGCAGAGAAAGACAAGGAUCCCGAGUUGGCCAAGCUGAAGCAGAUCAUCAACAACUGUGGCGUUGCCAUGUCGGAACGGCCAAUGGCAGAUUUCGGCACCAAGGAUAUUGAACAGGAUCUGGCGAGGCUGCUAAAGGACGAGCGAUCUGCUUCAAUGCUGCCGCAGACAGACCUAAAACUGGCAAUGGGAUCGGCGGCAGCCCUGAUCAAGUAUCUCAGCGUGCUCCAGGACUCUUCGAACUUUGGCCAGUACCAGCUGUACCAGCAUGACCUGUCGCAGUUCAUGAAACUGGACGCUGCUGCCCUUAAGGCCUUGAACCUCAUGCCGGGUCCUCGGGAUGGCGCCAAGACCAUGAGUUUGUAUGGCCUGUUAAACCACUGCAAGACACCCGUGGGCAGCCGUCUCCUGUCGCAAUGGUUGAAGCAGCCUCUCAUGGACAAAGAGGAGAUUGAGAAACGUCAACAGCUUGUUGAGGCUUUUGUCAACGACACUGAACUCCGACAGAUCAUGCAAGAGGAACACCUCAAAUCCAUCCCCGAUCUCUACCGACUAGCCAAGAAGUUCCAGCGGAACAAGGCCAACUUGGAAGAUGUCGUCCGAGCGUACCAAGCUAUCAUUCGACUACCAGGACUUGUCGGCACAUUUGAGGGGGUGAUGGAUGAGGCCUACCGCGAUCCUCUGGACGCUGCUUAUACCACCAGACUCCGUGAGCUUUCCAACAAACUGGCCAAACUUCAGGACAUGGUGGAGACGACAGUGGACCUGGAGGCGAUGGACAACCAUGAGUUCGUAAUCAAGCCCGAGUUUGAUGAUAGCCUGCGGAUCAUAAGGAAAAAGCUUGACCGCCUCCGAGUGGAUAUGGAUAGAGAGUACGCCAACGCGGCCAGCGACCUCGGCCAGGAGCGGGAAAAGAAGAUUUUCCUCGAGAACCACAAAGUACACGGCUGGUGUAUGCGCUUGACACGAGCAGAGGCAGGAUGCAUCCGCAACAGAAGAGAGUACAAAGAGUGCUCGACACAGAAGAACGGCGUCUAUUUCACGACCAACCAGCUCCUGGAAUAUCGGCGCGAAUUUGACCAGCUCAACUCCAACUACACCCGCACCCAGACCGGGCUGGUCAGCGAGGUGGUCGGCGUAGCAGCGUCCUACUGUCCUGUUCUCGAGCAGCUGGCUGGCGUCCUUGCCCACCUAGAUGUUAUCGUCUCUUUUGCUCAUUGCUCGGCGCACGCGCCUAUUUCCUACGUCCGCCCAACUAUACACCCGAGAGGCCAAGGCCAUACCAACCUCAAGGAAGCCCGUCACCCCUGUAUGGAGAUGCAAGACGAUGUGCAAUUCAUCACCAACGAUGUCGAGCUCACGCGGGAUACAUCCUCCUUCCUCGUCAUCACGGGUCCCAACAUGGGCGGCAAGUCGACUUAUAUCCGGCAGAUCGGGGUCAUUGCCCUCAUGGCCCAGGUGGGCUGUUUCGUGCCCUGCAGCGAGGCGGAGCUGACCAUUUUCGACUCCAUCCUCGCGCGCGUGGGCGCAUCCGACUCGCAGCUCAAGGGCGUCUCUACCUUUAUGGCCGAGAUGCUCGAGACGGCCAACAUCCUCAAGUCGGCGACGGCUGAAUCGCUGAUCAUCAUUGACGAGCUGGGCCGCGGUACGUCGACGUAUGACGGCUUUGGGCUCGCGUGGGCCAUCUCUGAGCAUAUCGUCAAGGAGAUUGGCUGUUUUGCCAUGUUCGCCACGCACUUUCACGAGCUGACUGCGCUGGCCGAUCUCUACCCACAGGUGCGGAAUCUGCAUGUGACGGCGCAUAUUGGUGGCACGGGCACCGACAAGGAGAGCAAGAGGGAGGUGACGCUGCUGUACAAGGUCGAGCCGGGCAUCUGUGACCAGAGCUUUGGCAUCCAUGUCGCGGAGCUGGUGGGGUUCCCGGACAAGGUGGUACGCAUGGCGAAGAGGAAGGCCGACGAGCUCGAGGACUUCACGACGAAACAUGAAGAAGGGGCUACCGCUGUACCUGCGGCAGGCUACAGCAAGCAGGAGAUAGAAGAGUGCAGUGCGCUGUUGAAGAAUGUGUUGGUGCAGUGGCGAGAACAGGUCAAGGAUGGCGCCAUGUCUAAGGACGAGAUGGUGACCAAACUGAGGGAAUUAGUCAAGGCGGACGCACGCUUGGCGAGCAGCCCUUUUUUGACAGUUUAG